ACGCGACUAUUCAGUUUUGGAUUCCCACAGAAAGAUAUGAGGUUUGAUCUCCUCCUCCCCUGUCUACAGCUGCUGUGGUUGACUGCAGCAAUCCCAUGGAGACCGGACGAGAGGAAAGUUUCUGGACCCACUUGCAUCAAGCUGGGUCAAAGGGUUUCACUCACACACACACUGGAAUGCGGGAGAUGGGUAUGGAAAUAUACAAAGAGGCCAUCCACAUUUUUCAGUACACUUUCAACUAGAAAACUAGUCACGUGGCCUCCCGGAGUAGUACCGGAACCAAAUUGCGCAUCAAAAAUUUGCUGUAAAGUAGGCUCCGACCAUCUCCCUAUAGUAAACAUUUCAGGUGACACACCGGCACCCACAUUUUUCCACAACAUAACAGCCUGGUAUCAACUUAAAGCAGAGCCAGGAGCAAAGAUUGGGAGCAUGCGCACUCUCUAUGAAAAAACCAACAAUGGAUUAGAUCCUAAAAUCUGUUAUUCAACCAAAGAUUUAGAGCCCGCAAUAUAUAGGUGCACACACACUGAGACAAUCAACAAUACACAUAUGAGUUAUACCGAAUAUAAAUUCGAUGUAACUUCAUAUGUACCUAAUAACAAUCAACCCGAAGCCUUUGUCUGGACUAGCCGGAGAGAAGGCAUGUAUUGCGUGGGAAAAUGUGUCAAUGACCCAGAUAAUUACACUGGGCCACAGAAUUGCACAUGGACAAUGAAUCAUUGCUUUAAUUUAACCACCUGUGGAUAUAGCAAACCAAAGAAAUGUCCGAAACUGUAUCCUAUUCCUCCUGGUGGAUUGAUAAAAGGGAAUGUUAACAAGACAUUAUUUCAUGAUGUAAAUCUAGUAAUGACACAUGUAUCAUACAAUAUUUCCAACAUUUUAUCUGCUUAUGUUAAUCACUGUGAUAACAAUGACAAGACAUAUGCAUGGCUACAGUCACGAAUCGAUGAUUUAAUUUCUGAUUACAAAAACAGACUUGCCGUGCAAAUCUCACCUGCACGCUCGAAACGAGAUCUGCUCGGAAACAUAGCAGGUCUCUUCGGCUCAGUUAAUUCCAUUGCCAACAACUACAAAAUAACUGAACAAUCACAAUAUUCAACAUGGUUGGCAAACCAGGUGGCCACUGGUUUUCAGCAUAUCACAAAUAGCAAUGAGAAUAUCAUAAAGGCGGUUCGAUCCGAAGCGCAGGCGCUUCUUGCGAUCAGCCACACAUUAUUCAAUCAGACCCGUACCAUCGAACGUGACUUAGCCUGUAGGACAUAUGCACAAGAUCUAUUCACUGCUGCUAGACAAGAAAUCCUUGAUCUUCGUCUGUACAAGACACCUAGACAUGUUUUAAAUGACCUUAUAGAGAUCUUAGAUCUACAUAGGUGGUAUGAAUCAGAACAAAUGAAAAAUUUAAGAUAUUCUGAAUUACUAUCCACCAUAAUGAUGUUUACAGGAAAUGAAUGUAAUGGAUGUAUUGGGUUUUUCGUCAGUUUUCCUUUAAUACACCCAGAUCAGGUUUUUCCAAAUUCCACUACCAUACGCUCUAUGGGCGUGGUAGUGAAGGAUCAGGUAAUUAAAUGGGACCACCUCACUGGAUACAUGACACAAAAGGGUAAUGAGACCUUGUUUACCAGUCGCACAUGUUGCCAUGAAACGCACAAUUAUGUUAUCUGUACAUGUAACACAUUGCAACCUUUCUUCCCCAAUGACACCAAACUUAUAAAUGUUCAGUCGCUGCAUGGUUACUCUGAUGUUAUCCAGGUGUCACACUCACAGUGGUGCGUGGUCAGUGAGAUGAACUCUUUUACCUACGGAGGACUGACCUGCUCUGCUAAUCACUCGUUCUGCUUGGAAGUGACAGAAGACCUUUCGAUGGGUCAAGUCAACAUUUUAGGAAGAGUGCCACUGGACACAGAGACUUCACCAUGGUGGGAUGACACUUUCUAUGAGCAAGGUACCCAAGCUGUGGUUGACACGAUGGAGCUAACACAGAGACUGAUCCUGCAAACUGAAUACCACCUCAGCCAAGCGCAGGUUGAGAUCAACCUGGCACGAAAGACUGCACAACUGUUAUCCAGUUCAUCCACCCGGUCGGCACAGUACACAUACACCUGGUGGGACUGGGUGUUCCGGGGUUGUGCCAUUGGCAGUGCCCUGAUCUUCACCUUCACUAUGUUCCAGUGCUGCUACUUCAGGCACCUCAUCAGAUCUACACAGGAAUCCACACACGCUGCCCUUGCCCUCAGCCCACUGCAAAUACCCGUGUUCCAAAGACUGUAAAAAAAAAAAAAAAAAAAAAAAAAAAAAAAAAAAAAAAAAAAAACUUUGAUUGUCUGACCCCGUAGGUACCCUAUCACAAUUCGCCCACGGGGCCAAGCGGGGAAAUACUGUAAGAAUUUUGAUUGAUCCUGACCAAAAGGUCAGCCCUUCCUGAGAAACAGCAUGGACGCCCGAGAAUGCAGUGUGUGUGCCCUGUAGGUGCCCGAGGCAGCAGAACAUCAAAAGAGAACCUUUUGCAACACAACAACUUUCCUCCAGGACUCACGGCAGGGGACCAAGACCCCCAAAACACCCCUCUCGGGAACCAGAACUUUAUCUCGAUUACAGGAGACUCCCUGGAGAGUUACACUUGAUUUUCAAACACCACAUCUCCAUACAAAUGAUGGACCUGCAGACAAAUGUCUGACCCCUCUACCCCUCCUUUCCUUGUUACCUCCUCAAACACAGGACAGUUUACAGCACACCAGAUGAUUAUGUGUAAGAAAGGUCAUAUCAAAUGUAAAUAACAGUGGAAAAUAUUCAUGUUUCACUUCAUUACAAAGGUUUUAUCGCGACUGGUACACAGGUCUCAUUCUCACAUCAAUAAAACAAAUAGUAAAAGGUUUAAUAGAGUUAAGAAAACUUAACUCUACCCAAGGGGCGUACACCCCACUUCAAAGGUAUCCAGGACGAGGUGCCUCCCAUAGGUCUGUAAGAACCAAUCACUGCAAACUUCCAUUGAUAAAUAAUGUUUACAUAAUGUUUAUUCUAUCUGGGUAUAUAAGGAGAGCUGACAAACAUUUCAGGGAAUCUGUAACCAGAUAUCCCGCACAAUUACUGUGUGUCGUCUUUACCAGGUAUGAAAGGUUUUUAUAUUUCCUGUUUGAUGUAAAUACUAUUGGUUUGUAUUUGUGCCACAUUAUAUUUGAACAACUGUGAAUUGGCUUUGAACUGUGAUUUUCUUACCUGGUUAAUAAAUUGUUAUGUUUGACUUUAUUCUGUGUUGCUCGGUAAAUGUUGACACUGCAAGUAAUACCGUUGUAUCCGUAGUUACCGUAAGGACAGAAAUCAGGCUAGGAUCGGCCCAAAUCCCAGUUAGAUAGUGAAUAAUACAUCAGCUGAGGAUUUGUGAGAUACGACUAGCAAAUUGGCGUUAGUUUAAGUGUACUUAGAAGCGUGGAGGCUGUGUUUCCGUUUAGAGUAACAUCUCUGAUUACUCUAAAUAGGGUAAGUCUCAACCUCUGUUUAUUUCAAUAUUAUUCUAUUCAUUCAUUUUGAUUAGAAAUAAUUAUUGUAAUAAUUAAGUGUCACCUCUAAGGGGACUAAAUAAAGUAUGUUUAAAGUUGAGCACGCAGAGAGCGGCCGCUUAAGCGUAUAGUCCAACCUCUGGCAGCGACCAACACUGAUUCGCUUAUGACCGUUGACCAGUAUAUUAAUUAUGAGGCCCGUACUAGGAUCAUGUGCGACUAUGAGAACCGAAUGAACGAGUGUAAUACCAGAGCUUUAUCAGAAUAAAUAAACAUCUAUCAAAAUUAUACUAUUAGUAAAAUAACAACCUAUGUAAAUAUUAAUUAUGUCUUAUUUAAUUGGAGUCAGAUAAGAGAUUAAUGAUCAAAUGAAGAAAUGCAUAAAUCCAUAUCUUAUUAUCUAAUGUGAAAGGAAAGACUGAAACGCGCGAGAAUCCUUCGCCACGCCUCUGGAGACCGCCAUUGGACCAGUGGGUGGUGCCUACCUUACAAGUUGGUGAUCCCGACGUGAUAUUCAACCAGAAAUCUCAUCAACAACGUACAAAAUACGACUGAUGCGAUCCCUGGAGAAUAAGAGUCUUUUCAUGGAGCUAAAGGUUUGAACUUCUUCUAUUUCUUCAGCUGAUGUGGUAAGUCAAUCUUUUCUUUGCCUUUUAAAAAUGUUGAAGGGAAUGUUUUAAACAUCCCACAUUUAUGAAAUAGGUUGUAAAUAUACCUAAUGUUAGACCGGAGAACAAAUCCGGUGGGGCUUAAAAGUUAAAUGAAACCACAUUAUUAGGAAAAUGCUGUGUAAUGCUAAUGAAUGAAUUGCGUUGCUCUGUUAAGAUCUUUUGUAAACGUGCCUACGGAAAACAAAAGAUCGUCUCACAUUGGAGUUAAAUCAUCCAAAAUUUGUUCUGAUUCUCAAACAAGGAAAACAUCAAGAAUCUAAAUUUAAAUCACCAAAUUCUACACAAUUGUUUUUGUUGUGACAGCAAAUGCACAACAUAGAAAAGAUAGUUAACAAACUUUAACAAUUAAACAAUGAUGUUGGAUGAUUUAAACUGCAAUGCAAUGAAUGUGUUUGCAUGUGAAAGGAGGACUUGGACAAUUGAGAUGUGUAAAGCACACAGAUAGUAAGAUUUUUAAAUGUUGCAAACAUCAGUUUACAAUCUAUAUUUGAUUAAUUAGGGAGAAAAUGUAAUUCAACUGGAGAAUGAAAGGAAAUGUAUGAAUGAUUGAAGGUAGCGCUGUUGGAUUCAAAAUCCUCAACGCAUAGAGAAAUGUAACUGAAUGGUGGACAUUAAGCAAGUAGGGAAAUGGUUUUAAAUGAGUUGUUGUGAGUGAGCCUUUUAAAAGAUCACUCAAGAUUUGUGUGUAGUAUAUUGUGUAUAGAAUGGAAUUAGUAAGUCAUAUUACAAUUAUAACUCCUAAAUCAUGCAGUAUUUCUCCAUUGACGAGAUAUAAUUAAGCAAAAUUAAAAUUGUUGCAGGAAAAUAUAAUGUUGUUAAAGGCCAAUAAAACACAAAUGGUCUUAUCUCUCACUGUGAGACACCCAACUGAGAUGAAAGGGCUUACCCCCCACUCAGAUAACGGGCUAUCCAUUGUUCCCAAGAGAGAACAUUUUUUUAAGAGAGACAUUGUCUGUAACCAUAUUUUCCUUCUGUUAAUCAAUCUCAGUGUUCUUUAAGAACUUGAUAAACACCAGGACUGUUAAAAGUUCUUGGCUUAGUCUUUCCCUAUGAGUCUGUGAAUAUUGUUUAAAGACAGUUUUAUACAGCUUUAUAGAGAUGUGAAAGGCCACACAAUUCUUAGUCUUGAAACUGUUGUAGGAAUACAUUAGCAUGAACCAAUAAACGUCUGUGCCUCACACCAGUCUGUCCAGGGCUGACACCUUUUCACAUUCAAAUACAUUGAUACAGUAACAUCUUGCAAAUUACAAACACCAGCCUGGUGUUCCUUAAAAGAGAUCAGUAAUGAAAGUAUUUUUAAUUUAUACUAUUUUAAUGUAAUAUAAUCUAUAUUGUGAUCAAGUUGCAAUAUACAUUAUAUUAUAAUGGCCAAACAGGCCUCAGAUGGUAAAAUGUGGUGCAUUAAAUGCACUAUGGAAUAACUUGCACAGGCCAAACCCACAGAAUUGGUCCACUAUGCAGUGUCAAAAGGGCGGAAUGUGCUGUCACAUGUUGCCAUGUUUUAACACUUAAAUAUUACAUGACACUUGUGAUAGUAAACCAAACCCAUUUAACUGGAAAUCACUAACCCAUUUUAAUCCAAUACAGAUUGGGCACAUGCUUGUGUGGCUUAACAGCCAGUUAGCAUGUGUUUAACAUUCUCAUUGCAGUGAUCCGUUUACAUUUUCUGAUUUGUAAUUGAUCGUAAGGCAUUGAUAUUUCUAUAGAACACAUUCUAGUUGUUUGUUUCGUAUGUGUUUCUAUGUUGAAGGAUUUGUCUCCUAUGCGGUAAACUCUGCUAUUCCUUGUAUAGCUGCAGUCAGACCCUAAAGAGGAGCACAAAAAUGCCAUGUGGCUACAAUGUGUUAAUUGCAUUAAUGAAAAUGUUUUACCUCACAACAGGAUCCAGUAGCACUUUUACCAUGUUUCCUAACUAAAAACACUGGUGUUGGAAGACUUAUUGAGCCAGAUUACAACCUCAUACCGAUAAUAUCGAACUGGCUCCCUGUUUUAACAACAGGACUAAAUUUGCAUCACAAUUUAUCCUCCUCACCUUUGUUGCAGCAUGGUAUUCACACAUAGCCUCAGUUAAAUUAAAUCGCAUAGCAAACACUCACUUACCAAGAAUUAGUCAUUAUUUCAAACUGUCUGAAUUUAAGCAUCUGUUUUGGGUUUUCUUUUCAGAAGUUUGAUCAGUUUAAUGUCUACUGAAAUCUUGAUAAAGAGCAAUUUUCUAAGUUUAAUACUAUUAUUUUUGACAUUUGAUUUGCUCUGUAUGUAAGACAUUUAAAACUAUCAUGUUUAUCACCACGCACCACACAACAUAUUCCAAACUGAACACUACACUUAAAACCAACAUUCUCCUGUUACACCAACAGAGCCAUCUAAUCUAACACACAUGAUUAUUAUUAUUAUUAUUAUUAUAUAUGGUCUACAAAGCCCAUACCAAAAUCUAUUAUAGCAGUAUUAUACUGUCACUAUUAUCGAUACACCCUAUAGUAUGCAUAACCAAAUUUUACUUUACCAUAUUCCAUUUUUUAUUUUCACAUGACCUAAUAUAUGCAUACCUGAAUAUUAUUUUAACACUUUCUGGGUUUUAUUUUUUUUAUUUUU